UGUCAUAUUUGUAAUGUUGCCGAGGACACCGAAACCUGCACUUUGGAGAUUCAUCAAGGGUAGCGCCAAGACACUCUUUGUGCUGGAAGCAGUCUGUUUUGCUGCCAGCUACGGUCUCUACUACCGCAUGAACACAGACCGAGAUUUCCGCCGGUACAUUAACGAAAAAUAUCCCUACGCACUUGAGUAUUACUAUAAAAUUGGCGAAAUUGUUGGAGACAAUAAGGCGCGGGAAACAGACGCAAAAUAUUGGAGGAGCACAGCGGAAGGAUUCAAGAACGAAUAAACUGUCAUACCGAUUACUAAUACCC